UUCAUUAGAAUUUCUUUUGGUGAGAUACCUGCGUUUGUAGCCAGUGUUCUCAGAAACCGUCCUACUUUGGCAAAUGGUCCUACCCGUAUUAUAAUUUGACGGUGACUUCUGACUAAACCUAACCAUAACAAAUAUUCACAAUGGGUUGUGCGCAUGCGCAGAAACAACGGCUGGUUGGUGAGGUAGGAUGAAUUCCCAGAAUACCCCGGUGGGUACCUGCCUUGUGUUUGACAAUGAAAGGUAAAAAGAAAGACCUCCAAGUAAAUAACUUUACCGCUCCAGCUCUAUAACGAAAUAUAAACAGUUGGGGAGUAUAACAGAGGAGAGUUAGCUCAACCCAGUACACUUUCCAAGCUAGCAAGAAUUGUCUCUUCAUGCUAGCAUUAACUGUGCCUGUACACAUAUGUGGCACACAUGUACUACAUAUUCAUAGCAUCUAGUAAAGACAGGGGUAAAGAUGACAAUAAUGAACUAAACCACAAUCAGAAACAUCAGGGUGGAUAAAGAUGUAAUUAGUGUUGGAAAAUUAAUGACACCAACCUCUACCACAGGGGAAUUGUAGAAAAGGGGAGAGGCCAAAGUGGUACCCCAAAUUUAUAGGGUUGCACCAAAGAAGAAGAAGAAAAGGAUGAGGAGGGGCUCUAACUGAUAAUGAAGCUAACUACAGGCUUGGAGGUCCUAAAAGUCAGCCAUCUACAGUGAAGCAGGAGGGAUGUCUGCAGCAGAGAGCAACCAUGCGCAACGUGUCCUGUUCGCCCUGAACCAGCAGAGGGCAGUGGGCAGGUUUUGUGAUGCAGCACUGAAUGUGGGAGAUGGGGUAGUGUUCCUUGCUCAUCGCAACAUCCUUGCCUGCUUCAGUGAACUCCUCCAGCAGUCAAACGUGCCUUCUGCAACAGAGUUCUGCCUGCAGGGAUGCCCCAGUGAUGGCUUGGAGCUGCUCCUAAACUUUGUCUACACCGGAGAGCUGAAGUUGGAUCCUCACAAUCUGGACAGAGUCCAGCAGGCAGCAGCCAGCCUGUGCGUACCAGAGGCACUCACACGCUGUCAGCAGUUCAAGGAGACCUCUAAGGAGCCUGUGCCUGUCAAGCGUAAAAGAGGUAGACCUAGAAAAUCUGCCUCAGACAUCAACCCAGUCAAAGAGGAGAACUUAAUUAAAGUCACAAAAGAUGAGCCCACUAUUAAUACUGCUGCAGCCAGUUUUACCACUUCUGCCACUACUACAGCAACCACCACACGCUCUGGCCGAGUAGUGAAGGGUCCCAGGCGACUAGUGACUAUCGAUGAGAGCCCUACAACUGAAAACGAGUUGGCCCCGCCUCUUCUUGUGGAGAAAGAAGUUGGUGAUGCAGUUGUUGAGCAAAACCAAAACUCAGCUCAGCUAGCUGGUGAAACUGAGGUAACGGAGCUGCAGAUUAACGACAAUGUUAUUAGCCAGGUAAGUGGGGGAGGGCAAGCAGAAGACGAUAAUGAUGACAUGGGUAUUCCGGAGGAGAUUCCCGAAGACACAGAUGAGGAGUAUGUGCCUGCUGCUGAGCCUGCUUCCUCAACCACAUCCCCGUCUACGUCGACCGGACAGAAAUGCAAGGCCCAGAGUCAAACAAACAAAAACAAGAAUGGUCAGGCGAUGGAGGACGAUUCUAAGAAGGCCUCCGUGCAGUGUCCCAUCUGCUUCAAAGCCUUCAAGAGCAAAUACUACCUCAAGGUUCACAACAGGAGGCAUACAGGGGAGAAGCCCUUCGGUUGUCUUAAAUGUGGAAAACGGUACUACAGGAAGGAGAACCUUUUGAUACACGAGAUGCGAGACUGUGCUAGUGUGCUGACAUACACCUGCUUCACUUGUUCUUCUACAUUUAACACAAAAGAAGCGCUACGAUUGCAUACUGUCACCCACACAGGAGAAAUGCCCCACAAGUGUUCAACAUGUCCUGAACAAUUUAUGUACAAGAAAAACUUGACGGUUCAUAUGAUGAAGGUGCACGGUUACCCCAAACCACAUGCAUGUUCCCAGUGUCCCAAAACCUUCUUAACACGUGCGGAGCUGCGUGUGCACGAAGCCGCCAAGCAUCGUGGAGAAAAGCCGUUUGUGUGCGAGGAGUGUGGCCAUCGGGCAUCUAGUAGAAACGGCCUGCAGAUGCAUAUCAAAGCUAUCCACAGAAAUGAGCGCCCUUUUGUCUGUAACUCGUGUGGCCACGCCUUCUCCCAAAAGAACAACCUCAACAUGCAUCUGCGUAUACACAGUGGCGAGAGGCCAUACCAGUGUCACCUCUGCGGGAAAACCUUUAGGACACAAGCCAGUCUGGAUAAACACCACCGGACUCACACCGGCGAGCGGCCCUUCGGCUGUGAUGUCUGUGAGCAGCGCUUCACAGAGAAAGGCGCUCUUCUCCGACACAAGGCCAGCAAGCACGAGGAAGGCCGCCCCCACUGCUGUCACAUCUGCGGUAAAACCUUCAAAGCGAGGGAACAGCUGCGUGUCCACCUGCGUCGUCAUAAAGGCAUGAGGAAGUUUGAGUGUGUAGACUGCGGCUACAAGUUCACUCGACAGGCACAUCUGCGGCGUCACAUUCAAAUUCACAAGCGCACUGAGAACUACAACCCGCGGCAGAGGAAGCUGAGGAAUGUGAUUGUGCAAGAUGUGGAUGGAAGUCCGGUCGAGACCGAAGCUCCCAAAUCGGAGGAGGCCUCGCUGAUCUGUGACGGGUCCACUCAGGAGUCCACAAACCAAGGAGCUGACCCCUCAACAGGUCUCACCUCUGGCUGCAUCGUGAGGGUUGUGAUUGAGUCGAGUGAUGCGGUGAUGGAGGAGGUUAUUUCUAACCAGAACUUGGGAGAGGUUGAAUCCGCGCAGACCUUUCCUGUGCCGCAAGUGUUGCAGCAAACACAGCUGGUUACCGAGCCCUAUGAGUCCACGAUAGACAUGGAGGGAAUUGUUGAGAAUUUGUCAGAGAGCAAGACCUGAAGCGAGCAAGUAUGCAAAACAACAAGUCUGCUUCUGCUUCCACGCAUGCAAGAAAAGCAGAUUCAUGCACUCUGUAGUUUACACAGAGUAAUUAAAUUGCAUGUUUUUUAAACGCUGUUUGAAUGUAAAAUGUUAUUUUUCUGCUUGUUUACUUGAGACAGGUUUUGUCAGUGUGCUUACAGCAGCUGGAGCUCAGUGUCACCUUACAUUGCUGAUAGGAUUAAAGGAGAACGUUUUCCGUGCAGUCAGAAAAGCAUUUUCUUACUUUUGGUUACACUGUGGUUACAGUGUAACAAAUGUAGAAGUUCAGUGAUUUUUAUUAGGGUCCCUCCAGGUGGUGGUUUUGUACUGGACUGCAUUAUGUUUCAGGGUGUUUCUAAUAUUCUUUGAAAUAGAAGAGUUGCAGAGCAGUAAAAUUGCACAAGUAUGUAAAAGGAAAAAAAAAGAAAAAGAAAAGGCAGUUACAAGGUGGAUGAGUGCUAACAGCCAAUCAUGAAUGUAAACAAUGAAUGUAAAAUUAUUUAAUCUUUGAUGGGUUUAUUUUAACCUGGUGUAUUUCAUAUUAAUGUGGCUCUAUGGGCCAUGCUAAUUUUGCAGGUUCCAUCUCCACUGGAAUAGAAAAUGGUCCUUCAAAACAACAUGGACAGUGGUUCCCAAAUGAUUUGUAAACAAAACAUUAUUAUACACGUUAUAUUAUAUAGUUGUGGCUUACCUUUUCGUGUGAAUUGAACACAAAAAGUGUGAAAACUAAGAAUUGCUGGAAUGCUCCGAUUGGUCGAUAUGAUGUGCCUUUUGUGCCACAGAAACAAUGAAAUGCCCUCUAAAAGACUAAACUUUAACCACAAGGUGGCAGUAUUUUACCAGAGGUUUAGUGCUGUUGUCUAUUCCAAAAAGCGUUGAAUUGUUUUACGUACUUUGAAUUAUUUUGUAAUUUUUUACAAAUCUAAUAUUUCUAUGUUAGUUUAAAAUACACCAAAACAAACUGCUUAGGCAUAUUCAUUAAGCUACUAAAGUAACCAAGUAACUAAUUAUAAUGGCAACACCAUCUUGACUAUUUUGCGCAGUGUUGGAUUAAACAUUACACUGACUCACUGCACCAUCUUGUGGUUCAAACUGGUAUUACGGUCACAUUUCAAGACGUCAACGGAACAGUUUAUAUUCAAAUGAUCAAAAAUGAUCCUUAUCAUAUGGUUUCUGAACAUUUAGCCAGAGUAAAACAUUUAGAGAACAACAAAUACCUGAAAAGUUCCCUGCAACUUUCCAAACCGUUAUGUUUUUUCACGUUUACGUUUAAAUGUUUGAUUAAAAUACUUGUGUUUGUUCUCUUCACAAUAGGCAAAAGGUAUCACAACAGGUAAAAGGCAUAUUUUUGAGCAAUUUAUGUUAAAUAUGUGUCCCAAAUCUCUGCAAUGAUGGUAGGGACUGCAAAGUCAUAAUGGCCACAUAGAGCAACUGCUGCCAGAUAGAAUACCAAAUUUCACCUGAAGGAAAUGGUUUCAAAACAUUUCUUAGAUUUAUAUUAUAUAUUUGGUGACAAACUCUUCAGGAUAAAUUCUAGCGCACCUUUGAUGUUUACUGGCCAAAUGAAUUUGUUUUCCUGAUGCAACAGGUGCAGAUUGUUUUUAAAAUGUCACACAGGUUAAUAAUAUUUCUUGAGAUGUGCUUUUAUGUUUAAGUGAGCUCGUGUUUAUUUCAGUCUUUUGAAGCUACUGUCAACUGUUUCACUGAAAUAUUUGCUGCAAUCUUGCUAAGAGCAAAUCAUUGUGACUCAGCAGAAUAAACUACGUCAGACCUGCCUGCAGUUUAAUUCAUAGUAGCCACCGUGGAAACAGUGUACAAACACAGCAAAUAAGGUUAAGAAUAUACUGUAUUUACAAACCUGUUCAACAUCACAGACUGAACACUUAAAAAAAACAAUGGUGUAUUGACAACAGCAUGGAAACAGACAAAUAUACUAUUUCCAAUGAAGCAAAAAUAUAUCCUACUUGACAACAAACUGAGAUUUUUUUUUGCACUUCCAGUUGUAACUGACGACUCAUCACUAGCGUUUACAAAGAGCCACUGAUCUUUUUGCAGCUGAUAGGCAGGAACUUCAGAAGCAAUCACAGCACAAAUAUAUCCAUAAAUAAGAAAACAGUAUAACAGUGAAAACAUUAAAACGUUAAACAUUAAAUGAAAUACAUUAAAAAAACAA